AUGGCAGCAGCUCUUGCCAUGCUAGACGAAAUCCACGAACCGCUGCCGAAGCAUACGGACGACACCAAUACCUACGUACUUGGGAGUAUCAAGCAACAUAAUGUUGUUAUUGCGUGUUUACCGGACGGCCAGUAUGGGACGAAUAAUGCAGCAAUAGUCACGACGAACAUGAUGCGAACCUACCGAAAAAUCUGCGCUUGUUUGAUGGUCGGAAUCGGCGGUGGCGUACCGAGUAUGGCUGAUGUGCGUUUGGGCGAUGUCGUUGUCGGAACAAGGGUGAUGCAAUAUGAUCUUGGGAAAAUCGUCAUAGGCGGACAGCUGCAGCGGACAGCAGUACCCAAGCUCCCUCACCCGUUAGUCGGAACGGUUGUGUCCGCCCUGCGUUCGAAGCAUGAACUGAGCCCCAGUCGACUUUCAUCUAUCCUACAGCAGAAACUAGGGGCCCAACCCAAAUAUAGUCGCCCAAACUUGCCGGAUCGCCUUUUCCACGCGACGUACGAUCACGAGUCUCUAGCUCCUAGCUGUGACGGUUGUGACCAGUCAAAGCUCGUGGCACGAAGCAGCCGACGGCCAGACGAGAUAAUGAUUCAUUACGGCGCAAUUGCUUCAGGCAACCAAGUCAUGAAAAGCGGUACGGCUCGGGACGACAUAGCUCGACAACUAGAUGUCAUAUGCUUCGAAAUGGAAACUGCGGGCCUGAUUGAUAUCCUUCCCUGUCUCCCAAUUCGGGGAAUCUGUGACUACUCAGAUUCUCACAAAAAUAAGGAAUGGCAGAAAUAUGCCGCAGCCACUGCGGCCGCAUACGGCAGGGAAUUUCUCGAGGAGCUACAUGUGACUGAAGCACAUGCAAGGGUUCGCCUCACGCAUGACCCGAUUGAUUACUGUCUCUUAAACCAACGGCGGCAACGCAUAUUAGAAUCCCUCAAGUUCGAGCAGAUGGAUUCUCGCAAAAUGAAUAUCAAAUCUAUCCGUGAUGAGACGUGUCGAUGGUUCCCUAGCCAUCCCUGCUACAAAGAAUGGCUCGAUCCCGCUGCAUUAACACAGCAUCAUGGGUUUUUGUGGGUCAAUGGUAAACCCGGUGCGGGUAAGUCAACAAUCAUGAAGUUUGCAUAUGAGCGUAUGAGGAGAAAAGCCCGUUCUAAGAACGCCGUCACGGCUUCUUUCUUCUUUAAUGCCCGAGGGGAUUACCUAGAAAAGUCGAUCGUCGGAAUGUAUCGGUCAUCGCUGCUUCAGCUUCUUGAAGGAUACCCGGACCUCCAGACGGUCUUGGAUGAUUCUGAACUUGUUCCCCAGAGCCUAAAUAGCUGCCCUCCCUUGAGUAGUCUGAAAGACCUGUUUUAUAACUCAGUUUCUGCACUCGGUCAUCGUGAACUUACUUGCUUCGUGGAUGCUCUUGACGAAUGUGAUGAACAACAGGUUGUCGAUAUGGUCCAGUAUUUCGAGAAUCUGACGGAACGAUGUUCAGCUACGGGCGUUCCCUUCCGAAUAUGUUUCUCUAGUCGGCAUUAUCCCUACAUCGUCAUUCGACGGGGGAUUAGACUGACACUAGAGGAUCAGUCUGGUCAUGCAGGAGACUUGGCAACAUACGCUACCAGCCAUCUCCGAAUCGGUGACCCAGCACUUGCCGAAGAGCUAUUAUCCCGGCUUCUUGCUAAAUCUGCCGGUGUUUUCAUGUGGGUUGUCCUAGUUGUCGAUAUCCUAAACAAGGAGUAUCGACGCGGUGGGAUGUUUCUCAGGAGGAGACUCGCUGAAAUACCAAGUGAUUUAAGUGAAUUGUUCAAGGCCAUCUUGAGACGCGAUAAGGAGGAUAUUGAAGCUCUCCUGCUUUGCAUCCUCUGGAUUCUCUACGCAAACCGCCCACUACAACCAAAAGAAUUUUAUCACGCCCUCUGGUCCGGUUUAGCACUCAAUAGUCUUGUCGAUAACCAAAUUCCAGAUGUCACUAUCCCAGAUUCCACACACGAUUUGAACCAGUUCGACAGAUAUGUCAUCCACUCCUCAAAGGGACUGGCUGAAGUUACAAAAUCCAAGCACCCGACCGUGCAGUUUAUCCAUGAGUCUGUCCGAGACUUCCUCAUCAAAGACAAUGGCCUGUAUGAAUUAUGGCCUGAACUUGGGUUGGACUGUGAGCGAGCAGGCCACGAGAAGCUCAAACAGUGUUGCUCACUCUACAUGAAUCAUACAUUGGUGUGUGCAUCUGUUAGCAAGCUUCUGUCAGAGCCUAACUCGAACGGGCCGAUGGAAAUCUUAAAGAAGCUCCCUUUACUGCAGUAUGCCAAUCAAUAUAUUCUUUACCAUGCCAACAUUGCCGCACAGCUCUUUCCUCCCAACGAGUUCUUAUCUUCUUUUCCACUUUCCACUUGGAUCGAGAUCCGCAAUACUUUCGAGAAAUUUAAGGCUCGGAGAUAUACUCAAGGUGCAAGCCUGAUAUAUAUUCUCGCGGAAAACGGAUACUCUGAUCUCAUCCGCAUAAGACUCAAAGAGGAGCCGCAAAGCUAUGUGCCUACGGAGAGAUACAAAUACCCUCUCUUUGCUGCUUUAGCAAACGGUAGGAAAGAGGCCGUUGCUGCUCUUCUGAACUUACCUACGUAUAUAUACGAGGGGGUAGACGUUACAGAGGGUCUGAAGAGCAGGAAAGACUUGAAGGCAUAUGAGAAUCGAACCCCGCUGUCUUGGGCUGCUCAAGAAGGGCGCGGCGUUGUUAUCAAGCUCCUCCUUAACAACGAUACAGACAUUAACGAGGUGGAUAGGACGGGGCUAACACCACUGCUACGGGCUUUACAGUGUGGCCACGAGGCUGUGGCAAGGCUUCUUAUUGAAAACGGAGCUGAGGUCAAUGCCAGUAUAAAGAUGGGACACGCCGUUGCUACGGGCUUUACAAGGUGGCCACGAGGCAGUGAUGGAAACACACCAUUGCUACGUGCUUUACAGUGUGGCCAUGAGGCAGUAGCAAGGCUUCUUAUUGAAACUGGAGCUGAGGUCAAUGCCAGUAACCUAUCUGGAAACACACCGCUGGCCUGGGCUUCACGGAGCGGCCACGAGGAAGUGGCAAGGCUUCUUAUUAAAAACGGAGCUGAGGUCAAUGCUAGUAACCUAUUUGGAUACACACCGCUGGUCUGGGCUUCAGAGAAUGGCCACGAGGCAGUGGCAAGGCUUCUUAUCGAAAAUGGAGCUGAGGUUAAUGCUAGUAAUAAAGAUGGAAACACACCGUUGCUACAUGCUUUACAGUGUGGCCAUGAGGCAGUAGCAAGGCUUCUUAUCGAAAAUGGAGCUGAGGUUAAUGCUGGUAACCUAUUUGGAAACACACCGUUGCUACUUGCUUUACAGUGUGGCCACGAGGCUGUGGCAAGACUUCUUAUCGAAAAUGGAGCUGAGGUCAAUGCCAGUAACCUAUCUGGAAACACACCGCUGGCCUGGGCUUCACGGAGCGGCCACGAGGAAGUGGCAAGGCUUCUAAUUAAAAACGGAGCUGAGGUUAAUGCUAGUAACCUAUUUGGAUACACACCGCUGGCCUGGGCUUCAGAGAAUGGCCACGAGGCUGUGGCAAGCCUUCUUAUUGAAAACAGAGCUGAGGUCAAUGCCAGUAACCCAUUUGGAUACACACCGCUGGCCUGGGCUUCAGAGAACGGCCACGAGGCUGUGGCAAGGCUUCUUAUUGAUGAGGUCAAUGCCAGUGAUACAGAUGGAGAUACGCCGUUGCUACGGGCUUUACAGUGUGGCCAUGAGGUAGUAGCAAGACUUCUUAUCGAAAACGGAGCUGAGGUCAAUGCCAGUGAUAAAGAUGGAGACACGCCGUUACUAUGGGCUUCAAAGAAUGGCCACGAGGCUGUGGCAAGGCUUCUUAUCGACAACGGAGCUAAGGUCAAUGCCAGUGAUAAAGCUGGAUACACACCGCUGCUACGGGCUUCAGAGAACGGCCACGAGGCAGUGGCAAGGCUUCUUAUCGAAAACGGAGCUGAGGUUUAA